AUGGCUCGUCUGAAUGAGUCGACCGCUUCGUCUGAGCCAAUUGAAAUCUUAAAAAGACGAUUCGUGCGUCAAAAUCGCGAGAUUGCUCGAGUAAAUUCAAUCCAGUCGCUCCGGAUUCGAAGCCUUGAGUCUGAAGUUUCUCAUCUUCUUUCCGAAAACGUGUCACUUAGGGAGCAGAUCAUAACCCUGACGCAGGACUUGGAGCGAUAUGAGGCUGCACGAACACUCCACGACGGCGUCUAUGAUGUCAAAGCAAGGCUCGACAGCAAGCUGGUGGAAUUGAGCAGCCUGAUAACCGAAUUGGGUAGCUUACCACGUCAUUACUCUAGAUCAACUCGCGAAAGGGCCGAAUCUGCUCGAGAGAGACAACCAAAGGAAAUAGGUUCUACCGGAAAAGUCAACGAGGGGGGCCUUGAGCCCAAUUUGGGUUGUGACAUGGACGGGCGACUGCCUGUUAUACUAGAAGAUAAAUUCUAUCCCAGGCAUACACUAAGUGCGCAAGAAUUACAAGAGUUCCCCGGUAGCGACACAGGUACCCCAAUCUCUCGCGAUUUAGAAGAUCCUUCCGAGUUCCCAGAUAAGUUUGCCGAGUGUGACGACGCGCCAAUAGGCACAGCCGCCGGGCUUAUGAGCACGAACACAAUCGUGGACUACACAGACGAGCAUUCCCUGCCCCCCAACCUUGAAACCAGAAGGAAGAAGAAAAUAUGCACGACAGAAAUCGAUAACGACCAGGCUGAUUCGAGAUCCACGUCUCUGCUCAACUCGAAACUCACGCGAAAAUGUGGAGGAAAACGCAAAUUCUCAGCCGAAGACGAAGAGAGCCUUUUGAGAACAGCCCCUGCUGAAGAUGACGGCUUUCAAUUCAGCCGUCCGGCCCUGUCUCCGAGACUGUCUUCGCAUCACGAGCAUGCUCUAGUUGACGUUGACAGUGAUGAUCUCAGUCAUGAGGUCCAGUCACCCAGGCCAUCGCAAACUGACCACUGCCCAAACAGAAAGAAGGUCCAAACUAGCAAUAACACCAUAAGCCAAGUACAGUCGAAGCGGAAAGUCCUCGAACCAAAGAGUACAAAUGUCAACGUACAUUCCCCUAUGACGUCAACUAUCUCAAAGGUUUAUAGUCAGAACGACCAGGGGCCAAUGGAGAGGAAUCAAAAGUCUCUACCCAAGCAGAGAAAAAUUGAUGUGAAUCGCAACAAGAACACAACACCAGGGAAUCUUAGCAUGGCCUCCCCCAUCAUCGGCAACGCUAAGGUCAAAGGUGGUAACAGAGAAGAGAAGGAUGUGAAGGUAAAAUCAGAAGUUCCAUCGCUUCACGCUACGGAGCACUCCGAAACCGCGGCAACGACAGACAUGUCUAAUUCCCGGCCGUCGAGGCGACGGGGUGCGGUGGUCAGUUAUGCCGAACCAAACCUGAGAGACAAGAUGAGACGAUCGACAAACGAGUUAGGCCCGGCCGUAAGUGGCGAUAAAUCAAGAAAAUCUUCUUCACACCCAGAUCUCGACCCAGAGCCACAAGAUCGAAAGAACAGGCACAACUCUACCAAACAGGCUCGAAACUCAAGUACCGCAAACUGGGAGCACGACCUGAUCGGCAACGAAGCCGUUGCUGGGCACCCACAUCGACCGGAAACUACUCACGGCCAUGACCAAUCGUCUUCUUCCAAUGGACCAGGUAUCCCAACAAGUGAAACUCAGGCAGUCGUGCUUACAGGCAGAAAGUCCAGACGGCAUUCUUCGAACCCCAAGGCUCCUGGACACGACACCCCAACGAAUAUUAUGCCGAGUACCCUGAGUGUGGAAAACGUAUGUAGCGAAUUGGUUGCAGCUUAUGCAGGUAGCUCGAUGAAUGAGGUUCCUGUAGCCGAUGAGCUCCACGUCAGGGAUUCCCAGGAGUUCGUGGAGGCAAUUGGAUCCAUGCAAAUGACAAGGGGGCAGCGAGUUGCUGCCAGGCGAAAAAGCAUGAUGUUAUAA